GUAUUGGUGUUUUUUUUGUUUUGUUAUUUUGUUAUUGCUAUUAAACCAAAAGUAAAUUUAUUUUUACAAAAAAGGCGUUCGUGUGCUGGCACACUUAAGUGUAGUUUUAUAUUUGUUUGUGAAAGUAAAUUGCUAAGAUACUAAUUAAAAACUGUUAAAUAUUAAAAAUAAAUUGUGGUGAAAAGUGGCGCAGUAGGUGAGAAGGUGCCGUUAGUGUAAUUAUAGCAAAGUAAUUGCUCUAUAUUUUGUUUAAAAUGAGCAGUAUGCGCUUAAGAGACUGGUUCAGUCUGAUUUACAGAAUCCUGGAAUACAAAUAUGAACAGAGAAAGUUGACCACAUCUAUAUACACUACUGUUAAAACUCAAAAAGGUGCUAUUAAAGGAGUUAAACGUUUGUCAGAUUGGGGUGAUGCAUAUCACAGUUUCGAAAAAAUUCCCUAUGCUAAGCCUCCGAUUGGUGAGUUACGUUUUCGUGCGCCAGUACCAGCGGAACCAUGGACAACAGUUUUGGACUGCACUGGCCCUGCAGAAAAACCCAUACAGUCAAAUAUGAUUUUUAGAAAAUAUAAAGGCUCGGAAGAUUGUUUGUAUCUUAAUGUUUUUACAAAAGAUCUUACGCCCGAAAAAUUACGCCCAGUUAUGGUUUGGAUUUAUGGUGGUGGUUUUCAAAUUGGUGAAGCUACACGUGACAUGUACAGUCCAGAUUUUUUUAUGUCUAAAGAUGUUGUUCUAGUGACUAUUGCAUAUCGUUUGGGUCCUUUCGGUUUUCUUAGCAUAGAUGAUCCAGCAGUUAAUGUGCCAGGCAAUGCCGGUAUUAAAGAUCAGAUACUCAGUCUUAAAUGGGUUCAAGAAAAUAUUUCUGCUUUUGGUGGUGAUCCAAAUAAUGUUACACUUUUCGGUGAAAGUGCUGGUGGUGCUUCUACACAUUUGUGCUUAUUAAGCGAACAAUCGAGGAAUUUAGUACAUAAAGCUAUAAUAAUGUCCGGUAGUGCUUUAUGCCCGUGGGCAAAUCCACCACGAAACAAUUGGGCACUACGUUUAGCGCAACAAUUGGGUUAUGAUGGUGAUGAAGGAAAGGAUGUUGAAAUAUAUAAAUAUUUGCUUAAUGCUAAAGGCCCUGACAUGGUUUCGGCUGCAGGUUUGGUGUUAAAAAAAGAAGAAAAGCAUUAUCGUACUUUAUUUGCAUUUGGUCCAACUGUCGAACCGUAUAUAACAAGUCAAUGUGUUAUAGCAGAGAAACCUUAUGAGUUAAUGAAAAAAACAUGGAGUAAUCAAAUACCGAUAAUGAUCGGUGGUACCAGUUUUGAAGGAUUAUUAUUCUAUCAAGAAGUAACACGCCGUCCUGCUACUUUAUCGGAAGUUAACGGCUGCAAAAAUGUGUUACCUGGUGAUAUAGAUUUUACGAAUAACGAGGCUAAAGCUGAAGAAUUUGGACAACGACUAAAAUCGGCAUAUUUUGGUGAUGCAGAUUGCAACGCAAACACCAAAAUGGAAUUUUUGGAGUUGGAAUCCUAUCGUGAGUUUUGGCAUCCCAUUUAUCGUACUGCUUUAGCGCGACAAUUACAUAGUACUGCACCUACUUAUGUCUACCGAUUCGAUUAUGAUUCGAAGUCGGGUAAUGGCGUACGUAACAUACUUUGCGGUCCAGAUUCACGCGGUGCUUGUCAUGGAGAUGAUUUAUGUUAUAUCUGGCGGACUAUGAUAUGUAACCGAUUAGUAAAAAAUACACCAGAAUAUGAAGUAGCACGUUCCAUGAUCGACAUAUGGACUAGUUUUGCAACAAAUGGUGAUCCGAAUGGUGAAACACUGGAAAAUGUGAUAUUCGAGCCACUGACUAGAGAUGAAAAUAUGAAAUGUUUAAAUAUUUCGGAGAAAAUGGAAUUUAUUGAUUUACCUGAACUAGAAAAACUAAAAGUAUGGAAUAGUUUCUAUCCACAGGGAAAAUUAUAGAGGCUUCAAAUCUCUUACAAUAUCUUUUGCGUAUAUGGGACAUUCAAAAGACUACCUCAGUGCUAGAUUUUAAGUAUGGAAUUUAUUAAAAGCAGUUGUGGAAAAUGUUUUGAUAUACGUUAUGUCUAUUAAAACUUUUGUAUUUGACAUUUUAUAAUUGUUUUUAAAAAUAUUUCUGAAAUCGCGGUUCUUUUAAACUUAGCUACAUAUUUUUUUAUUAUUGUCCAGACUUUAUGGACUGUAAGUCCAUUGUCCAUGGUGUUUGUUAAACUAAUUUUAGUUGUUGGCUGUUUGUAAAUAUGUUUUAUAUAUGAAAAUAUUUUAUUUUUCAUUGCCCAUUGUUGCUAUGAAACACUAUAUCUAUGUA